UGCGAAACCCACGACGAGCUCCGCGACGACGAUGGACCACCUGGACUUUCUCGACCUCUGUGCUGACGGCGACUUCCUCUCGCGCGGGCCGCGCCAGGACUUCCGGAAGGAGCUGCGCGGCUUCCGCGACCUCCUCUGGGACAACGCGUGGGCCGGCUUUGGCGUCUACCGCAAGAGCAUGGAGACCAUCGUGCACAUCGUCGUCGACGACGCGGUGGGCGGCGGUGUUGCCUCUUUUGACGCAGCGCUCCGACACAUCGACCGGCUCGGCAGCCACUUGAGCUCGAUCGACGCCAAGGCGGGGAGCACGUACCUGCGCACAUUUCGCUGGGGCAUGACGGGCUUCCAGGUCUUCAAGAACAUGGACACGCAUGGCAAGCCGAGCGCUGAUCUGCCCGACCACGCGCCUCUUCUCGAAAGCAUCAAGGCCGAGUGGAUCACGAUCGCAGGCAUCCAGAUGAAGAGCAUUGUCACGUGCUUUGAGUGGCUGCACGGAGCUCUCGGUCAACUCGACGGCAAGACCGAGACGCGUGCGCCCGUCCGGCACUACGCGCCCCGGGCGACGCAGGUGGUGUCGCCCGAGCGCGAGCCGUCGCCAUCGCCGUCACCGUCGCCGACGCGGAUCGAGUCCAAGCCUCUCGGUGUGCAGACGACCGCGUCGUACGACGAGGGCGGCACGGCGCGUACUUCCUUGGUGACGCGGGCCGAGCCGUCUCGGGUGUCGAGUAAUUAUGUGGCGCCCGCGCCGUAUCAAGCGCCGCCGCCGCUGAAGACGGUUGUGAUGGACAAACCGCUUCAGGAUCUUGUAAAGAUGGUGCUGGUGGAGCUGCAAGACCGGUACCGGGCGUCGCUGCGACCUCGCUUCUACCAACAGUGCACGCGUGCUGCGUUCUGCAAGAUUCCGGGCUGCAACUAUUGGCACUCGGACGAAGAUAGAGUCCUUGUCGGUGUCACGCGGGCGAUCAUGAUGCGCGGUGUGUGGAAGACGACGUACUGUAAAUAUGGCGCCGAGUGCCCGUAUAUUCAAGCGUGCAACCACCUGCACGACCACGACGGCCGAGAGAUUGAUCAAAUGAAGAGUUUGGCCCACCGCCUCGUCGAGCGUAUCCUCGAAAAGGCCACGGGCGAGGUCGAAGUGCAUUUUGUGAAUGGCAAGAAGGUCAAGGUGCUCACGUAAGUAGCGAGCGAUCCAUAUACUAUGUGGACAAGCACGCACAACGUUUAACGAUCAAUUAAAGUGGUUAUUGACGGCCUCGA